CAUCGACGUAAAAGAAAAGUGGUUAGGAAAGGAUUUUUUUUGUUUACUACUCUAACGCAGCCUACACAUUCACUUCCUGUUUACGUUCCCACAAAUGACGUCACGCAGAUAACGUUUAACAAAUAGUUUCAAAACCGAAACAACGGAUAACUUGAGAAACAACCCUUCUCUGCUCUUGUAUCGGCUGGGUUCAGACUGUCUCUAUCUUAGCUACGUACCGGAGCACCGGAGAGAGAGGACCACCUCCGGUUUCAGCCGUACUGCUCUUGUUUGAGGAUCGAAGAAAGCUAGCCGAGGCUGCUAAGUAAAGCUAACGUAAAGUAGGUAGCUGGUAGCUAGCUAACGAGUUAGCGACUGAAACUCAUCAGCACUUCAUCGUUUUAACUGAGGGCUCCACGUCUGUCAGUAUGGAGAAUAAAUAUAACCUAAAGAGUCCAGCGGUGAAGAGGCUCAUGAAAGAAGCUGCUGAACUGAGGGACCCCACAGAACACUACCACGCCCAACCACUGGAAGAUAACCUCUUUGAAUGGCACUUCUCCGUACGCGGGCCCCCAGAUUCGGAUUUUGAUGGCGGGGUUUACCACGGCAGGAUCGUACUCCCCCCGGAGUACCCCAUGAAGCCUCCUAGCAUCAUCCUCCUCACACCCAAUGGGAGAUUCGAAGUUGGGAAGAAGAUUUGUCUGAGCAUCUCUGGCCACCAUCCGGAGACGUGGCAGCCCUCUUGGAGCAUCCGAACUGCCCUAAUAGCUAUCAUCGGAUUCAUGCCAACAAAAGGAGAAGGAGCGAUAGGAUCUCUUGAUUAUACCCCAGAGGAGAGGAGGGCCCUUGCCAAAAAGUCCCAGGACUUCUGCUGCGAGGCGUGUGGCUGCUCCAUGCGCUCCGCCCUCCUGGCCCUGACCCCCAACAGUCACCCCAGCGCCGAGGACCACAAGGCCAAAGAACUGGCUCAGCAAAUCAACUUCAAGGCGGAGUCCAGUUUAUCCAGACAGGCGAGCGAGAGCGGAGGAGCAGAGAGCAAACCUUCCACACUCACCCAGGGAGACACCUCCACGUCUGCCAGCCAGGAAGAUGCUGACUGGCCCCAGGCCGAACAGCCAGAGGCGUCUCCCGCCGCUGAGGGAUCCCCGCCCCACACAACCCCCGGCACCGGUCGCCCUCUCAGUCCCCGGCAGCGUCGCACCCAGCAGCACAGCCACCAGGCUCAGAGAGACAGCAGAGAAGCGGCCAACAGGCCGGCCUUCGCCGCGCCCCCCCGUCAGCCUCAGGAUGAAAGCCACGCGGGCUCCGCCGUCCUCAUCGUGGUGCUCACUCUGGCUCUGGCUGCGCUCAUCUUCCGCAGGAUCUACCUGGCUCAAGAGUACAAGUUUGACUACGAGCUGUGACCACACACCAGGCCUCCCCUCC